AGACAGUGCAAGAGCAGGGGGGCACUGAAGACAUUGACCUGCAGACAACUGUAAGUUUGCUAACUGGUCAAAAGAGGUAGGGGGUAAAUUGAGAGGAGGUAGUUUACCUCUUCAAGGCACGCAACUACACCCAAAGUGAGCCGUGUAGCCCUCGAGUACUGACAAGCCAGAGACAGAAGUGGAAGGGGCAGCACAGACAGGCGAGGACCGUGAGAGUGACAGCCAGACGCGGUCACAGUGAGAGAGGGAGACAGCACGAGGAGACAUGAGAGGCAAACAUUGUGACUUGCGGGGUAGCGAUUAAACUGUUCACAGCAGCUGGCUCAGGCAAAACGUGGAGAGGAGGAAAGAAAGUGAGAGACAAAGGGACAGAUGGACAGCCAAGACAAGGGUGGAGGAGGUGUAGGGGAGGAGGACACUUUGAGUGAGAGAGUGAAGAAAAUGGAAGAAGUUUUUGAGAAUGACAAAUGGACAAAAGAGAAACGCAACACAGCAGAGAAGGGGGGAAAGGAGAGCGAGGGAGGGGAGAAGGAGAAGAAGGAACGAAAGAGGGAGAGCCGACGCUCGGGCUCUUUGUGGAAAGGUGGGUGGGCGCUGGCUGAAAGACUGGCCAUCAACGUCUCGGGCAUGAGGUACGAGACUCAGCUCCGUACACUCGCCCAGUUCCCUAACUCCCUGCUGGGUGACCCGCGCCGCCGCCUGCGGUACUUUGACCCGCUACGGAACGAGUUGUUCCUGGACCGGAACCGUGCCUGCUUUGACGCCAUCCUCUACUUCUACCAGUCGGGCGGGCGACUGCGGCGGCCUGCAAACGUCCCGCUGGACGUCUUCAUGGAUGAGCUGGAGUUCUAUGAGCUGGGCGAGGACAUCAUGGCGCGCUUCAAGGAGGAUGAAGGAUUCCCUAAGGAGGAGGCACGGCCGCUGCCCAGCCACGAACUGCAGCGGCGGCUGUGGAUGCUGUUCGAACACCCAGAGUCCUCCUCCGGCGCCCGCAUCAUCGCCAUCAUCAGCGUCAUGGUCAUCGUGGUGUCCAUUGUCAUCUUCUGUUUGGAGACAGUACCUGACUUCAGGGGCGAGAAAGAGCUGAGAGAGCAAUAUAUGUAUCAACCCCACCCCCACAACUCCAACUCCACAGUGCCUGUCUCCCCUGCCUCCAGCCCCUUCCAGGACCCCUUCUUCAUAGUGGAGACCAUGUGCAUCUGCUGGUUCUCCUUUGAGCUACUGAUGCGCUUUGCCUGCUCACCCAGCAAGAUGCACUUCUUCAAGGAUGUCAUGAAUGUCAUCGACUUCACAGCCAUUCUCCCCUACUUCGUCACGCUCGGUACGGAGCUGGCCAAGUCCAAGGGUGGCACCCCGGCCAUGUCACUGGCCAUCAUCAGGGUCAUCAGGCUGGUUCGGGUCUUCCGUAUCUUCAAGCUGUCGCGCCACUCCAAGGGGCUGCAGAUCCUAGGUCAGACCCUGAGGGCCAGCAUGCGGGAGCUGGGCCUGCUCAUAUUCUUCCUCUUCAUUGGGGUCAUCCUCUUCUCCAGUGCCAUUUACUUUGCUGAGGCCGAUCACAAGGACACGGCUUUUGUCAGCAUCCCCGAUGCCUUCUGGUGGGCUGUGGUGACCAUGACGACGGUAGGCUACGGGGACAUGUACCCAGAGACAGUGUGGGGGAAGCUGGUGGGUUCCAUGUGUGCCAUCGCUGGUGUGCUGACCAUCUCACUGCCCGUGCCUGUCAUCGUCUCCAACUUCAGUUACUUCUAUCACAGGGAGACAGAGUGCGAGGAUAGUACUGAGUACACCCAUGUGAAGACCUCGCUCUGGGAUGACGAGGACAAUGAGGAGGGGGAGGAGGAAAGGGAUUACCUUCCUUUGGAGGGUAUUUGUCCCCCCCUGAAUGGAACUUUGCUGGGGGGACUGUGUGCAGGUCAGGAUGGGGAGCACAAAGGGGGUAACCUGUACCUCAGGGAACCUCUAGUAACACAGGUGUGAGGUGGACAGGUUAGAAGGAUGCUCACGAUGUUCCAUUCUGAGUGUGAGCAAGGAAGUUACCAUAAAAACACAAUGACUGAACAUCACAUGCACAGACACUGCAGCACAUAAUAUUCCCUGUGAUAUACUGGCACAGCACAUACAAUUACACAGAGCAAGUAGGCCUAUUACAUGAUGUUUUAAUAACUGUGCUGACCUAGUCUCUACAGGACAUACCAGAAUACCAUACACCAUUUAUUACAGAGGGACUGCAAUGUACGCUGAGAUGAGAACCAUGAAACACUUUACAGUAACUUCAGAAUGAAAGCAUUCAGAUACUUUCAUUUUUUUCAGACACUUUUUGUUCAUAUUAUAUACACACAAGAAUGUCAGCCUGGUUG